AUGGAAGAAGAUCAAAGUAUAUAAAUAUAUAAUGUUGAUUAGACUUAGUCUCAUUAUCAUUACUCAAUGAUGAGUAGGAUUAGAAAUUGUUAGAAAAAAUAUCUAGUAAGAGUAAAAAAAUUUUCAAAAUUAUCUAUCCAAAUAAGUAUUCAUUAUUCUAAGUAUAUUUUUAGUAAAUAAUUAAUCAAAUACAAGAUUUAUAAUAGAAAGGAAAAAAGUUUGGAGGAAUUGAGUAAGAAAUUUGUUAGAUGUCUAAUUGAUUAUGAUGAAAAGAUUAUAUGUUUGGAUUAGAUUACUGAAGAAUUGGGUAAUGUAUUGUUUAAAGUUAGGGGUUGAAAGAAGAAGAAUUUAUGAUAUAAUAAAUAUACUUGAAAGCUUGUAAGUAGUUAAAAGAAAAUGUAAAAAUAAAUAUAGUUGGAGUGGAUUCAAAACUAUUUAUUAAACAAUUGAAUAAGUAUUUUAUAAUUAAUAUAUAUAUAUUAGUAUGCAAAUAAAUAAUCUAAUUUCGACAUAACUACACAUAAAAGAGAGAAAUCUUUAGAAGUACUAUCAGCUGGGUUUAUUAAAUUAUUUAUGUAAUAAAAGUCAAUUUGGACUUUGGAAGAAGCUGCUAAAUAUUUAGGAAAUGAAGUUGAUCAAAAUAAAUUAAAAACAAAAGUAAGAAGGUUAUAUGAUAUUGCAAAUGUAUUAAAAUCUAUUGGUUUAAUUAAAAAAACUCAUUUGGCAUCAUCUAAAAAACCUGCAUUUUAAUGGGUUGGAAAAGAAGGGUUAAAAUUAUUUUAUCAAAAUUUAAAAUAAAAUGAAUUGAGAAAUUCAACUCAAUAAAUUAAAGAGAAUGUAGCUGUUAUACCAACUCCAUAAAUUUAAAAUCUAAAUAAACCAGAUAAUUUUAAUUAAUAUGUUGGUAAAUGCAUAGAUUUGCUGAUAUAAUAAUAAUUAAAUGAUAGAAAACUAUAAACUGAAUAAAAAAUUAGAGAAUAAAAUUAAAAUUAAGUCACUAUUAUUACUCCUAAGUUAAGAAAAACAUAUACAAUAAUUGUAAUAAAUAUAUUUUAAUUUAGCCUCCAAGAGUUACAACCCCAAAAAAGACUUUGUCGAAUACCCCUAAAAAAAAUCAAUCUAAUAGUCAUACUCCUAAUAAUAACAAAACUGUAGUUGGUUCUCUCAUUGGAAAGUUUAAUUAAAACUUAUGA